ACAGUUCGACCAACAAAUGUGCAAAUCAUAGCAAACAACGAGCCAUUAAUAUCGGGCAGAAAGACGGAUGUGAUGUGUGUGUCGAGUGGAUCGCGACCUAUGGCUCGCAUCACGUGGUAUAUGAAUAAGAAGAAAGUACCGGAAUCGAGAGAGUUUUAUUCGGACGACGGGAAUGUGACCACAAGUCUAAUCACGUUGAGUCCAGUGCCUGAUGAUAAUGGGGGUCAAUUAGUCUGUUCGGCCCAAAACAUUCAC